AUGAACAUUCCUUACCCAGCCUCUGUGACCCUCCAAGCAUCCAGUGUGUGUGUGUGUGUACGCAUGCUCGAGGGCAUGUGAAUGAGCUUCUUUUGGAAGACAUCACAAGAUGGAUGAUUAUUGUUCCUCAUUCACUCUGCUCUCACCAACUGAUAUUUCAGUUUUUUUAUUAAUACCCCUGGGGUGGGUUUCUUCCCUAUUUUUUUUUUUUUUUUUUUUUUUUUUUUUUUCUGUGUGUGUGUCCUGCUAAUGGAACAAUGCUUCUAAGUCAGCUUGUAGUUCAUGUGACAACAGACCCCAGGACAGGUGGCCUACAGCAGUGGUUACCAAACGGCUUUCUGCUCCCUGGGGUGGGUGGGGGGCUGUCCGGCUUGCUGCUCCCUGGGGGGGGGGGGCUGUCCGGCUUUCUGCUUUCUGCUCCCUGGGUGGGGGGGGGGCUGUCCGGGGCUUUCUGCUCCCUGGGUGGGGGGGGGGGGGGCUGUCCGGCUUUCUGCUCCCUGGGGGGGGGGGGGGGGGGGCUGUCCGGCUUUCUGCUUUCUGCUCCCUGGGUGGGGGGGGGGGCUGUCCGGCUUUCUGCUCCCUGGGUGGGGGUGGGGGGGGGGGGGGGCUGUCCGGCUUUCUGCUCCCUGGGUGGGGGGGCUGUCCGGCUUUCUGCUCCCUGGGGGGGGGGGGGGGGGGGGGCUGUCCGGCUUUCUGCUCCCUGGGGGGGCUGUCCGGCUUUCAACUUACUCUUGAAAGUUGCAAUAGGUGCCAUUUCUAAAUUGGGUAGUGCAUCAACAGUUCCUCUUGUCAUGUCAGUCAUUGCAUACCUUAGAGAGACAUAACAGAAAUGUCCAGAUCGACUAGCCUAUGUCAGCUAACGUUUUUAGCUAGGUUUUUUUAGCCCAUAGAUUUUGUUGUAAUGUUUGUCACUCAAAUAUCACAUGAAUAUACAUGGCAAGAUGUAUAAAUUGCAAGAAAUAAAGUUUUAAACCUGACAGAAUGUUAUUUCCACCAACGAGGGGGUGUGAACAGUUUGUCAUGAACAGUGCUUGUGCCCAUAGUAAUAGACGUGGCACGCGGGACGUUCCCCAAUGGUAACUAAAGAAGAAGAAACUAGAGGUGUCAUGGCGGACUGAACACAGCGAUGCAGAAUGCCUCAAGAUAAAAACGUAGCGUUCAAUACCUGUAAGUUUGACUAAAUAUUAGCACUUCACUCCACAUACUCGUGGGUAAUAACCUUUUUAAAUCUGGGUAAUAACCUUUUUAAAUCUGGAUAACAACACAAAAUGUAUUAGAAGGCUAGAGAAAUGUGGGUGCAAAAUAUUGUGGCCCUGGUGGCACAAAAAUAAUCAAUGGUCUGACUGCAAAGAGAUUCUUGGGAAAAUGGUCACAACGGGGGACCAGCUUGUGUGUGUUUCAGGGUAGAGGGGGGUAUCUGAGCUCCAUCAGAUAGGACUUGACAUUGGUUAAUCAAAUCUCCCCAUUCUUGCUCAAUUUUGCAUGCCUUCUCAAACAGCUACAGCCGUACAGUGAGGAGAAAAUAGUAUUUGAUCCCCUGCUGAUUUUGUACGUUUGCCCACUGACAAAGACAUGAUCAGUCUAUCAUUUUAAUGGUAGGUUUAUUUGAACAGUGAGAGACAGAAUAACCACAAAAAAAUCCAUAAAAACACAAAAACAUACAUUGAUUUGCAUUUUAAUGAGGGAAAUAAGUAUUUGACCCCUCAGCAAAACAUGACUUAGUACUUGGUGGCAAAACGCUUGUUGGCAAUCACAGAGGUCAGACGUUUCCUGUAGUUGGCCACCAGGUUUGCACACAUCUUAGGAGGGAUUUUGUUCCGCUCCUCUUUGCAGAUCUUCUCCAAGUCAUUAAGGUUUCGAGGCUGACGUUUGGCAACUCGAACCUUCAGCUCCCUCCACAGAUUUUCUAUGGGAUUAAGAUCUGGAGACUGGCUAGGCCACUCCAGGACCUUAAUGUGCUUUCUUGAGCAGGGGGACCUUGCGGGCGCUGCAGGAUUUCAGUCCUUCACGGCGUAGUGUGUUACCAAUUGUUUUCUUGGUGACUAUGGUCCCAGCUGCCUUGAGAUCAUUGACAAGAUCCUCCGGUGUAAUUCUGGGCUGAUUCCUCACCGUUCUCAUGAUCAUUGCAACUCCACGAGGUGAGAUCUUGCAUGGAGCCCUAGGCCGAGGGAGAUUGACAGUUAUUUUGUGUUUCUUCCAUUUGCGAAUAAUCGCACCAACUGUUGUCACCUUCUCACCAAGCUGCUUGGCGAUGGUCUUGUAGCCCAUUCCAGCCUUGUGUAGGUCUACAAUCUUGUCCCUGACAUCCUUGGAGAGCUCUUUGGUCUUGGCCAUGGUGGAGAUUUUGGAAUCUGAUUGAUUGAUUUCUUCUGUGGACAGGUGUCUUUUAUACAGGUAACAAACUGAGAUUAGGAGCACUCCCUUUAAGAGUGUGCUCCUAAUCUCAGCUCAUUACCUGUAUAAAAGACACCUGGGAGCCAGAAAUCUUUCUGAUUUGAGAGGGGUUCAAAUACUUAUUUCCCUCAUUAAAAUGCAAAUCAAUUUCUAACAUUUUUGACAUGCGUCUUUCUGGAUUUUUGUUUUGUUAUUCUGUCUCUCACUGUUCAAAUAAACCUACCAUUAAAAUUAUAGACUGAUCAUUUCUUUGUCAGUGGGCAAAUGUACAAAAUCAGCAGGGGAUCAAAUACUUUUUUCCCCUCACUGUAUAUGCAUUCACACAUCAAGUCCUUGGGGGUGGGGAGAGUGUGGAAGGGGGUGGGGAGAGUGUGGAAGCGGGGUGGGGAGAGUGGGGGUGGGGAAGGGGGUGGGGAGAGUGUGUCACACACCUGUUGCUAUGGGGUAAUGAUGUUCGAGACAAUAUAGGAUAAAUCACAAUUGUUUGCUAAAAUAAUAAUUGCUUGCCAAAUGUAAUUUUUGUAAUGGCAAUACUGGUUAUAGGUAAUAAUCCUUUGCAUGAACUCCCAACAUUAUUACGCAUAUUAUUCGUUAAUUGUGGAAAUGAAGAUACGUAAGAUUUUUGUAUUUAUUUAAAAAACGGUGUAUAAUUCAAUCGAGGUGAGGGCGUUGGAAAUACUUUUGGCGGUUGAUCUGCUUCUGUUCUGUGGGUCGCACUGUGUGCUCUUUUUGAAGGAUGGGUCCCGGUCUCUCAGGGGCCAUGGGAUCCAGGGGGAUUGGGGUGGUCUGCCGGUCACUGGGAAGACAACCCAAUUUGGGGGGAGGUUUUAGCGGGUGGAAUAGUGGAGAACAAUUGGAGGUUUACUUAGUAGCGAUGCUAAUAUCAUGGUACAGAUAUAUGGACACUCAAUCAUUAUGGUACUUUUUUAAUGGUAAGUUUACAAACAUAUAUUAUGAUAAAUAGAUUUGAAACUUGUAUCUCAUUAUGGUACAUGGUGAAAUAAGUAUAGCCAGUUAUAAUUGUAAUGGCUUAGCAGAUAAUAAGAAAAGACGAUCAGUAUUUACCUGCUAAAAGAUUGUUUACAUGGGACUCAUUCAACAAUUUUAGAUGAAGUUGUGUGGAAAAAGGACUGGGGGCAAAGAAACUCAAAAGGGGUGGUGAUAUUAAUUAACAAUCAUUUUGAUCUGAAUGUGCAAAUUGUCCAAACAGAUCUGCAAGGUAGAUGGAUUAUUUUAAAUAUGUUUUUGAACCAUAAACAGAUUUGUCUCAUUUAAUCUAUAUGGUCCAAAUAAUGAUGAUCCACGCUUCUUUGAAAAUAUAUAUAUAUAUAAUAAUUUAUCAAACCUACAGGCAAUACAAUACUCUAUUAUUAUGGUGGGAGAUUAUAAUACGGUUUUAAAUACCUCAAUGGACCAUAAAGGAAAUCGCACUAUCACGGUCAUGCUCUUAAGGAAAUCACUAGUGGAAAUAUGGAGCCUUCAAUAAGACAUGGCGGAGGCUUAAUCAAGCUAGUCGUCUUGACUACUUUGUGUCAUUCUCGCUGGCACGAAAAGUUAGUGUUGAUAGGGGACAGAAUGCGGUCGGACCAUCAAAUAAUUGGCGUAUACAUUACUCUUACAGAAUUUCCACCUGGGUGAGGAUAUUGGAAGUGUAAUCAAAGCCUAUUGGAUGAUAACUCGUUGUCAACUAGGACAGAAUCAUUUAUAACUGACUUUUUCCAGACAUAACAUCGGUACAGCAGAUCCCCUUAUUGUGUGCCUUUUGGAGGCCAUGCAAUUCUGAGGUCUUGGCUGAUUUCUUUGAUUUUCCCAUGAUGUCACGCGAAGAGGCACUGAGUUUGAAGGUAGGCCUUGAAAUACAUCCACAGGUACACCUCCAAUUGACUCAAAUGAUGUCAAUUAGCCUAUCAGAAGCUUCUAAAGCCAUGACAUAAUUUUCUGGAAUUUUCCCAUGCUGUUUAAAGGCACAGUCAACUUAGUGUAUGUAAACUUCUGACCCACUGGAAUUGUGAUACAGUGAAUUAUAAGUGAAAUAAUCUGUCUGUAAACAAUUGUUGGAAAAAUUACGUGUCAUGCACAAAGUAGAUGUCCUAACCGACUUGCCAAAACGAUAGUUUUUUUUUAACAAGAAAUCUGCGGAGUGGUUGAAAAACGACUUUUAAUGACUUCAACCUAAGUGUAUGUAAACUUCCAACUUCAACUGUAUGUAUAUGUAUGUAAUAUAUGGGGGAUUGGAAAUGAUGCAGACAAUUACAUUGAUAUAUAUAUAUAUAUAUAUAUAUACAUUACAAUACAAUACUUUUCUUAUACGGUUUUCAAAACAUCAUGCCAGGGAAAGCCUACACGAAACACAGUCCUUAUUUGAAGUGUUUCUAAAAUCCCAUAUGGAAAUUAUUAGAACCAUUUCCCUGUUUGACUGCUAGGUUUUAUGGGUAUUUAUGAGAACUCCAUUGUGGAACUCUAUUAACCCAAUUGUGUCUGUCAACUGAACAGUCACUGUCUUGGUUUAUGAGGGCGUUGUCGUCUGUGGCUGCUGAGAUAGUAGUUGAAUAGCCACCCGUCUACACCAAUGAUGAGAUUUUUAUCUUCAUUAAGAGUUUGUCAUUAAGCAGGAAUGUGUCUGUCUACACGGCAGGUUUGACCAGUAUUAGCAAACCGGAGAGACUGCAUUAAAGCGAACACUGUCACACACACACACCCCCUCCUAUUGGAUGUGUUUUAGGAAUUGGGAGAUUGAGCAGCAGGCUAAUGUGGUGAUUCAGAGCAAUAUGAAAUCGACUGAUCUUGUCUGCCCCAGGCCAGGGAGUGUCACCCAGAUUACACCCUAAUAUAACACACUGGACAGGUUAGAUCAGGGCUCUCCCACCCUGUUCCUGGAGAGCCUCCCCUGUUUGUUUUUUUGAGCCAAUUCCAGUUGUAACUAACCUUAUUCAGCUUAUCAACCAGCUAAUUAUUAGAAUCCGGUGCACUAGAUACGGGUUGGAGUGAAAACCUACAGGAGGGUAACUCUCCAGGAACAGGGUUGGGGUGAACCUACAGGACGGUAUCUCUCCAGGAACAGGGUUGAAGAGGCCUACGUUGGAUCAGCACCAUAUACAAUGGGGGGAAAAAGUAUUUAGUCAGCCACCAAUUGUGCAAGUUCUCCCACUUAAAAAGAUGAGAGAGGCCUGUAAUUUUCGUCAUAGGUACACGUCAACUAUGACAGACAUUGAGAUUUUUUUUUUCUCCAGAAAAUCACAUUGUAGGACUUUUAAUGAAUUUAUUUGCAAAUUAUGGUGGAAAAUAAGUAUUUGGUCACCUACAAACAAGCAAGAUUUCUGGCUUUCACAGACCUGUAACUUCUUCUUUUAAGAGGCUCCUCUGUCCUCCACUCGUUACCUGUAUUAAUGGCACCUGUUUGAACUUGUUAUCAGUAUAAAAGACACCUGUCCACAACCUCAAACAGUCACACUCCAAACUCCACUAUGGCCAAGACCAAAGAGCUGUCAAAGGACACCAGAAACAAAAUUGUAGACCUGCACCAGGCUGGGAAGACUGAAUCUGCAAUAGGUAAGCAGCUUGGUUUGAAGAAAUCAACUGUGGGAGCAAUUAUUAGGAAAUGGAAGACAUACAAGACCACUGAUAAUCUCCCUCGAUCUGGGGCUCCACGCAAGAUCUCACCCCGUGGGGUCAAAAUGAUCACAAGAACGGUGAGCAAAAAUCCCAGAACCACACGGGGGGACCUAGUGAAUGACCUGCAGAGAGCUGGGACCAAAGUAACAAAGCCUACCAUCAGUAACACACUACGCCGCCAGGGACUCAAAUCCUGAAGUGCCAGUACAUGUCCAGGCCCGUCUGAAGUUUGCUAGAGUGCAUUUGGAUGAUCCAGAAGAGGAUUGGGAGAAUGUCAGAUGAAACCAAAAUAUAACUUUUUGGUAAAAACUCAACUCGUCGUGUUUGGAGGACAAAGAAUGCUGAGUUGCAUCCAAAGAACACCAUACCUACUGUGAAGCAUGGGGGUGGAAACAUCAUGCUUUGGGGCUGUUUUUCUGCAAAGGGACCAGGACGACUGAUCCGUGUAAAGGAAAGAAUGAAUGGGGCCAUGUAUCGUGAGAUUUUGAGUGAAAACCUCCUUCCAUCAGCAAGGACAUUGAAGAUGAAACGUGGCUGGGUCUUUCAGCAUGACAAUGAUCCCAAACACACCGCCCGGGCAACGAAGGAGUGGCUUCGUAAGAAGCAUUUCAAGGUCCUGGAGUGGCCUAGCCAGUCUCCAGAUCUCAACCCCAUAGAAAAUCUUUGGAGGGAGUUGAAAGUCCGUGUUGCCCAGCGACAGCCCCAAAACAUCACUGCUCUAGAGGAGAUCUGCAUUGAGGAAUGGGCCAAAAUACCAGCAACAGUGUGUGAAAACCUUGUGAAGACUUACAGAAAAUGUUUGACCUGUGUCAUUGCCAACAAAGGGUAUAUAACAAAGUAUUGAGAAACUUUUGUUAUUGACCAAAUACUUAUUUUCCUCCAUAAUUUGCAAAUAAAUUCAUUAAAAAUCCUACAAUGUGAUUUUCUGGAUAUUUUUUUUUCCCUCAUUUUGUCUGUCAUAGUUGACGUGUACCUAUGAUGAAAAUUACAGGCCUCUCUCAUCUUUUUAAGUGGGAGAACUUGCACAAUUGGUGGCUGACUAAAUACUUUUUUUCCCCCACUGUAGGUCACUGGUGCAGAACCAAAAAGGUGCCCUCUCUCCCCUCUGUUCUCAUCCUCUCCCCUUCAUGGAUCUGAGACGACUCUGUACAGUUCAAUAUAGCUUCUACCAUACUACUUUCACCUAUCCAAUCAUAGCAGAGCUGUCAAGUAGGGCAGAAGGAAGGGGGGGGGGUUAACUUUUUAAUAAUGGAAUGCAGCCCUCCCUAGGUUUAAAGAACACACUAGAAUAGUCAGAGUUGGAGAACCCAUUCUGUUGUCUAAACUGUCUCCUGAGUUGUUACAAAGCACAAUGUGUCCUGAUAUAGCCUCCUGUCGGACGUGUCUCUAUCGUGUUGGUUAUUAAAGGUGACAUCAUCAGAUGGGUAUGCAGCUGCAGCCUGAUGUGAAGGAAAUGCACGUCGGUCCUGUUUUUGGUUGGUUGGUAUUUCCACGUUUGUAAUUCCAUGGUAAUACUGAAGAAAUCUGGUUGGUUCAGUUGCUCUGGCUCCACCUCUGAAACUGCACCGACGCUGGCAACUGUUACAAAACAGCAGCUAAGGUGAUCUGAUCUGGCUAGCUGAUUUUAGAGUAGUGUGUUAGGAUCCCCAUUAGCUGUCGCUCAUGCAGUUCUGCAGCUUACCUUUUUCUGGAGGUCCAUAGUUGUAGCACCGAGUUUCUAAACCCAGAGGCGCAACAUCGCAAGGCUUCCCGGGAAACACUUUGCGAUGCAGGCCGGGUUUGGGUUUUGCAAAGUCAAUGAAUAACCACAUCCUGUCCAACAUGAAGUCUGAUGUGUGUGUUGACCGUAUCUAAUCCCAUCCCGUCCAUCUUUGGGUCUGAUAUGUGUGUUAACAGUGAAUAACCCCAUACUGUCCAACAUAAGGUCUGAUGUGUGUGUGUUAACAGUGAAUAACCCCAUCCCGUCCAACAUGAAGUCGGAGGCAAAGAAAGCUGCCAAGAUCCUCCGAGAGUUUACUGAGAUCUCCAACCGCACAGGGCCCGACAAACUCAUCCCAGGUGUGUGUGAAUGUGUGGUGGGAGUACAUGUUCCUUUUGUCCCUCCCUGUGUGUCUGUGUGUGUGUCUGUGUGUGCGUGUGUGUCUGUGUGCGUCUGUGUGUGUGUGUGUGUGUUCAUCCUGCCCUUACUAAGGUAUCAUCUCUGACUCAUACCUAUUCAUUUCUUUCCAUCUCUCUCAUUCUCCGCAUGUCUUUAUGGUGAUGUCAUCAGGGUUCUGUCAGGUGACAGUCCUCCAUACCAGAGUUGGCAGGAAAUUGUCAUAGCAUGCUAGCAGGACCUGCUAAUAAUUUGUGUGUGUGUGUGUUCUCCCUCCAGCCAAUAUAUUAGCAAAGUGUCAGGGCCUGGCCAUCAUCACAGUGAUCAAGGCAGGCUUCAUGAUCACAGCUCGGGGCGGCAGCGGCAUUGUCAUCGCUAGACUGGCUGAUGGACGUAAGUUCACUACCACACACUGUACAUGGUCAUCGCCAGGACAUCAUUUCACUACAUCCUCUCUCUCACUAGGUUGGUCUGCUCCCUCUGCCAUUGGUAUAGCUGGUCUGGGCGGUGGCUUUGAGAUUGGAGUUGAGGUAGGUUGAUCACCGGACACACCAGGGAUCCAGCCUAACAUUUUCCCCUGGUGGCACCAGCCCACGAUUUUGGUCGCAUCAUGGGCUGAAAGAAAAUGUGCGCAGUGUCACACAAUAGAACAAAUUGGAGCAAUCAUCUUAUAAAGUAAUUCACAAUGCUCUAUUAAGAGGUGUAAUUACUAGACUACUGAGAUGGUUAUUCAAUAAAGAAGUUAAUCCAGUGAUUGUAAAAAUGUUUGGGUUGACAAUUAGCCUAUUUUUGUUCAUUUACUGUCAAAAUAGGGCUCCAGAAUUUUUUCUGUUUUUUUGGGGGGGUGUUCAAUAGAGAUGAAUUUGCCUUCAUCUUUAUGUGCACUAAUAUUAGAUAUAGUCCUAAACACAUAUGCAUUUAUUUUGUCCAGGUGGGUGAGGCCUCCUCAUUCCAGUAGACACCUUUUUAUUAUUAUUACAGGAAUCAUGAGGAUAAUACACUUUACUGUUUGACAAAUUCAUGUUUUUUAUUUGCCUCCCAAAAAAGGAUGUUUUGAUUUAGGUGACCAGGUAGAAUGCAGAUCGCAACACACAGCCAAGUCAAAGGGUCGCAAAAUGCGACUAAAUGGUCGCAGUCAGGAGCCCUACACACACACACACACACACACACACACACACACACACACGCCCUACACACACACACACACACACACACACGCCCUACACACACACACACACACACACACACGCCCUACACACACACACACACACACACACACCCCACACACACACACACACACAACACACGCCCUACACACACACACACACACACACACUCAAACUCCUCACGUAAUAUUGACUUUGCUUUUUAUGUUAAAAAAAUUCAGUGAAAGCCUUUCCAGUUAUUUUCACAGCCCGUUCAGCUCUUUAUGAGUGUUAUUUCCUGGUGAUGUCCUGACACCCGUGGAUGAUUUUAAGGCCAGACUAGCCGAUCGCUGAGCUGUUGAGUGAAUCUUCUCUUCCGGAGUGUCCCUCUGUGUCCCUUAAACACUGGAAACGCAUCCCAUCCAUCCAUCCACACACACACACGCUUCCUCUUCCUCUUUCACUCUCCUCGGGUCAUAUUAACACAUGAUGAGGUCAUCUCCUGUUAAAUAGAAUCCCUCAAAGUAAUAAAGACAGACUAGAGUUGCACUUUCCCAAAAUUACCUGGUUUUCCAGCAAUCCCAGUUGGAAGAUUCCCAAAUGUCCUGCUUAUUCCCUUGUGAACUCAAGGCUGUAAUCACUUCAAAAAAAAGUACUGAGUUAAGGGUCUGAAUACUUAUGUAAAUAAGGUAUUUCUGUUUUUUAUUUUUAAUACAUUUGCAAAAAUGUCUCUAAACCUUUUUUUUUGCUUUGUCAUUAUGGGAUAUUGUGUGUCGAUUUGAUGAGGAAAACAAUGUAUUUAAUCCAUUUUAGAAUAAGGCUGUAACGUAACAAAAUGUGGAAAAAGUCAAGGGGUCUGAAUACUUUCCGAAUGCUCUGUAUAGGAAAUGGAGCGAUACACUGAGUGGACAAAAAAUUAACAACCCCUGCUUUUUCCAUGACAUAACUUUUACCUGGUGAUCCCUUAUUGAUGUUGAUGUUAAAUCCACUUCAAUCAAUGUAGAUUAACAGGAGGAGAUAUUUAUGCCUUGAGACAAUUGAGACAUGGAUUGUGUAUGUGUGCCAUUCAGAGGGUGAAUGGGCAAGACAAAAUAUUUUAAGUGCCUUUUGAACGGGGUAUGGUAGUAGGUGCCAGGCGCACCGGUUUGUGUCAAGAACUGCAACGCUGUUGGAUUUUGAACACCUCUAACAGUUUCCUGUGUAUAAUGAAUGGUCCACCACCCAAUGGACAACCAGCCAACUUGACACAACUGUGGGAAGGAUUGGAGUCAACAUGGGCCAGCAUCCCUAUGGAAUGCUUUCGACACCUCGUGGAGUCCAUGCCCAGACAAAUUGAGACUGUUCUGAGGGCAAAAGGGGGGGUGCAACUCAAUAUCAGGAAGGUGUUCCUAAUGUUUUGUACACUCAGUGUAUAUGUGUAGGAAGUAGAGAGAUGUAGAGGCCUGCUUGCCUUUCUGUGGUGUCCAUUAGGUGACUCACUGUGUUCAUGUUUCUAUUUUGGUGGUUUGUAUCUUGAUCCUAAUCUGGUUACUGCCAGGUAGCUGACGGCACAGUAGUCUCCCUGUGGUCACACACACACACACACACACACACACACACACACACACACACACACAGGUGAAUCAAAGCAGUAUUGUUCUCUCUCUCCUCGGCUGUCUGAAGGUUAUUAAUGGGAACAGAGGUGGUAACAUGUCUUAAAGGAAAAGUUUUUUCUUUUCACAACCAAAUCUCUAUUUUUGAUGUAAAUGACAUGCUAUAGGAGGGGCCAUACUCCUUUUUGUGAUUUUCUCUUGUUGUUGAGAAACUUACCCCAAACAGCAAAAUCACUUCCUCAUCCUCAUUGUGUAGUAAUGGGGGCCCUGAACAAACAUGAACAAAAGCACCCAAAUACGUCCUUUUAGAGACCACAAAGCUCUCCAUAUAGUGAUGCAGGUAUUUUUUUUUUUGAUGUUGUACACAUGAAAUUGUGUCAUUGUGAACUUUAUCCGCAACGUUAGAUUCCAUUUUUGUUUGCGACUCAAGCGAUACCUCACCAUCCCAUUGUACAUGUAACUGUCAGAAUAAAGGAAACACUUCAGGUGAAUGAGGGAUACAAAGUAUAUUGAAAGAAGGUGCUUUCACACAGGAUGUUCCAGACUCUUGUAGAAUCUAUGCCAAGGCCGCAUUGAAGCUGUUCUGGGGGGGCUCGUGGUGGCCCAAUACCCUAUUAAGACUCUUUUUUUUUUUUUUUAUGUUGGUGUUUCCUUUAUUUUGCCAGUUACCUGUAGCAGCAGGAGGCUACGUGGUGAACGGAACAGCUGGAUAGGGGGAAACGUUCCAUGUCACACAAAAGGAAUAUAGCGUUGCGGAUUAAAGUUAGGAAUGACAGUUUCAUGUGAUCAACAUCAUCUAUAGACCUGCAUCACUAUUACUGAGAGCUUUGUGGUCUCUAAAAGGGUGUUUUUAGAGUUUUUGUUCAUGUUUUCUUCAGGGCCCCCAUUACUACACAAGGAGGAUGAGGAAGUGAUUUUUGCUGUUUGGGGUAAGUUUCUCAAAAGCAAGUGAAAUCACAAAGGUAUGUGGACCCUUCUAUAACAUGCCAUUUACAUACAUGUACAGUGCCUUCGGAAAGUAUUCCGACCCCUUGACUUUUUCCACAUUUGGUUACGUUACUGCUUUAUUCUAUAAUGAUUCAAUAAAACAUUUUCCUUGUCAAUCAACACACAAUACUACAUAAUGACAAAGCAAAAACAGGUUUGUUGAAAUUUUUGCAAAUGUAUUACAAAUAAAAACCUGAAAUACCUUAUUUCAAUAAGUAUUCAGACCCUUUGCUAUGAGACUCUAAAUUGAGCCCAGGUGCAUCCUGUUUCCAUUGAUCAUCCUUGCUGUUUCUACAACUUGAGCUCCGAGACAGGAUUGUGUCGAGGCACAGAUCUGGGGAAGGGUACAAAAAAAAUUCGGCAUCAUUGAAGGUCCCCAAGAACAGAGUGGCCUCCAUCAUUCUUAAAUGGAAGACGUUUGGAACCACCAAGACUCUUCCUAGAGCAGGCCGCCCGGCCAAACUGCGCAAUCGUGGGAGAAGGGCCUUGGUCAGGGAGGUGACCAAGAACCCGAUGGUCACUCUGACAGAGCUCCAGAGGUCCUCUGUGGAGAUGGGAGAACCUUCCAGAAGAACAACCAUCUCUGCAGCAAUCCACCAAUCAGGCCUUUAUGGUAGAGUGGCCAGACGGAAGCCACUCCUCAGUAAAAGGCACAUGACAGCCCGCUUGGAGUUUGCCAAAAGGCACCUAAAGAAUCUCAGACCAUGAGAAACAAGAUUCUCUGGUCUGAUGAAACCAAGAUUGAACUCUUUGGCCUGAAUGCCAAGCGUCACGUCUGGUAGAAACAUGGCACCAUCCCUACGGUGAAGCAUGGUGGUGGCAGCAUCAUGCUGUGGGGAUGUUUGUCAGCGGCAGGGACUGGGAGACUAGUCAGGAUCAAGGGAAAAAUGAACAGAGCAAAGUACAGAGAGAUCCUUGAUGAAAACCUGGUCCAGAGCGCUCAGGACCUCAGAUUGGGGAAAAGGAUCACCUUCCAACAGGACAACGACCCUAAGCACAUAGCCAAGACAACACUGGAGUGGCUACGGGACAAGUCUCUGAAUGUCCUUGAGUGACUCAGCCAGAGCCCGGACUUUAACCCGAUCUAACAUCUCUAGAGAGACCUGAAAAUCGCUGUGCAGCAACGCUCCCCAUCCAUCCUUUCUUUCUUUCUAUCUUUGCCUAAACACUACAAUAGUUAUAGAAUAGAUAGUUGAUCUCUGUGUGAGGCUGUUCCAACCCAGCACUAACAAACCCGAUUCAACUAAUCAGUUGUGUGUGUGUGUGUGUGUGUGUGUGUAUGUGUCUGUGUCUGUGUCUGUGUGUGUAUAGGUUUCAGACCUGGUGGUGAUUCUGAUGCAGCGCAGGGCAGUGGAUUCUUUCUCUAAAGGAGGGAACCUCACUCUGGGCGGCAACUGUACUGUGGCAGUAGGACCGAUGGGAAGGUGAGUGCUCUCACACACACACACACACACACACACACACACACACACACACACACACACACUCAUCAUAAUCUUGGUCCAUGGUUGGCCAAAACCAGUCAGUGUCCGACCAUGGCUCAACCUUUUUUGAUGUGUUCCAGCCCCGAGGCUGUGGGUUAGGGGUACCCAAGGUUGAGGCUGUGGGUUAGGGGUACCCAAGGUUGAGGCUGUGGGUUAGGGGUACCCAAGGUUGAGGCUGUGGGUUAGGGGUACCCAAGGUUGAGGCUGUGGGUUAGGGGUACCCAAGGUUGAGGCUGUGGGUUAGGGGUACCCAAGGUUGAGGCUGUGGGUUAGGGGUACCCAAGGUUGAGGCUGUGGGUUAGGGGUACCCAAGGUUGAGGCUGUGGGUUAGGGGUACCCAAGGUUGAGGCUGUGGGUUAGGGGUACCCAAGGUUGAGGCUGUGGGUUAGGGGUACCCAAGGUUGAGGCUGUGGGUUAGGGGUACUGGCAGUGUUGAAGUCACACCAGUUCUACACCUAGUUUUCACACCUUAUUUUAAACUGGACGCUUUGAUGUGGACACUUGAAUGUCUGAGCUGGGGUUUUGGAGGGGAAAUGGUUUUGUGAUGUGUCAUCAUGGAUGACGUGUGUGUGUGUGUGUGUGUGUGUGUGUGUGUGUGUGUCAUUGGUGUCGAAGUGAUUUUAUAGGGUGGAGGCAGGUGUGUGUGUGUGUGUUGCGUGCGUGAUAGUUGUGUGUGUGUGUUGCGUGCGUGAUAGUUGUGUGUGUGUGUGUGUGUGUUGCGUGCGUGAUAGUUGUGUGUGUGUGUGUGCGUGUUGCGUGCGUGAUAGUUGUGGUGCGUGUUGGAGGGGUUGCUCGUGUUGGCGCACGGUUAAUUAUGGUUUAUGAGUGGAGGUGGAAUGAUGCCUGGAGCAGGCUCCCUCAGUCUUUAUUUAGAAUGACAUGCCAGGUUGGGUAAUUAAAAUAAGUAAAAUACAAUUAGCAUCAAACAAGGCCAGGUGGAGAUGAGGGAGGGAGGGGUGUGCAUGCGUCUGUGGGUGUCUGUUAAAUACAGCAACAAUAAAACAAUAAAGAGGUUAAUGUCUGAGAUGGGAGUGUCUUUUUUUUUUUGUUCAGGUGACAUUUACAACAUGGGACCUCCCUACACACACACACACACACACACACACACACACACACACACACACACACGGACAGAGACGUGGCCAGUAUAUUUGAUGGUUUCUGAUGUCAGUGGAGGUCUAGUGGUCUCCUUCAGUACUCAUCGCUAAGAAGUGGGAUUCUGAGCAGUAUCAUACUCCAAACACUCACUUCUAUCUUCCUCUAUCUCUCUCUCUGUGUGUGUGUGUGUCCGUGUGUGUGUGUGUGUCCGUGUGUGUGUGUGUGUAGGAACGUGGAGGCUGACGUAGCGUUGCGUAGUACGGCAGCAGUCUUUACCUACUGUAAGUCCAGAGGGCUGUUCGCUGGAGUCUCUCUGGAGGGAUCCUGCCUCAUAGAACGCAAAGACACCAACCGCAAGUACGUUACACACCGUGUGUGUGGUGUAAUAAUGUGUGUGUGUGUGUUGUAUUAAUGUGUGUGUGUGUUGUAUUAAUGUGUGUGUGGUGUGUGUUGUAUUAAUGUGUGUGUGUGUGUUGUAUUAAUGUGUGUGUGUGUGUGUGUGUUUGUAUUAAUGUGUGUGUGUGUUGUAUUAAUGUGUGUGUGUGUGUUGUAUUAAUGUGUGUGUGGGUAAUAAUGUGUGUGUGUGUGUGUGUGUUGUAUUAAUGUGUGUGUGUUAAGUGUGUGUUGUAUUAAUGUGUGUGUGUGUGUUGUAUUAAUGUGUGUGUGUGUGUGUGGUAAUAAUGUGUGUGUGUGUGUGUGUGUGUUGUGGGUUUAAUUGGGUGUUGUGUGUUGUAAUAAUGUGUGUGUGUGGUGUUGUAUAAUGUGUGUGUGGUGUGUAUUAAUUGUUGUGUGUGUGUUGUAUUAAUGUGUGUGGGUAUAAUGUGUGUGUGUGUGUGGUGUUGUAUUAAUAUGUGUGUGUGUUGUAAUAAUGUGUGUGUGUGUGUGUGUGUGUUGUAUUAAUGUGUGUGUUGUAUUAAUGUGUGUGUGUUGUAAUAAUGUGUGUGUGUGUGUGUUGUAUUAAUGUGUGUGUUGUAUUAAUGUGUGUGUUGUAUUAAUGUGUGUGUGUGUGUUGUAUUAAUGUGUGUGUGUGUGUUGUAUUAAUGUGUGUGUGUGUUGUAUUAAUGUGUGUGUGGUAAUAAUGUAUGUGUGUGUGUGUUGUAUUAAUGUGUGUGUGUGUGUGUGUGGUGUGUUAGGUUCUACUCCCAGGACAUCCGUGCGUCGGCCAUAUUGAACGGAGAUGUAGAGCCUCCCCCAGAAGCUGAUGACCUAUACUGUGUCCUAGAGACCUACACAGAUAAAUACACUACUGAGUGGACAGCCAAGCACCUAGCACAGAAGGUACUAUAUUAUUAUUAUUAUUAUUAUUAUUAUUAUUAACUCGUUCCCCACAUGGCAUUUACCAGAAAUACACUCCUCAAAAAAAUAAAGGGAUCACUUAAACAACACAAUGUAACUCCAAGUCAAUCACACUUCUGUGAAAUCAAACUGUCCACUUAGGAAGCAACACUGAUUGACAAUACAUUUCACAUGCUGUUGUGCAAAUGGAAUAGACAACAGGUGGAAAUUAUAGGUAAUUAGCCAGACACCCCCAAUAAAGGACUGGUUUUGCAGGUGGUGACCACAGACCACUUCUCAGUUCCUAUGCUUCCUGGCUGGUGUUUUGGUCACUUUUGAAUGCUGGCGGUGCUUUCACUCUAGUGGUAGCAUGAGACGGAGUCUACAACCCACACAAGUGGCUCAGGUAGUGCAGCUCAUCCAGGAUGGCACAUCAAUGCGAGCUGUGGCAAGAAGGUUUGCUGUGUCUGUCAGCGUAGUGUCCAGAGCAUGGAGGCGCUACCAGGAGACAGGCCAGUACAUCAGGACUGCUACCUCCGCCUUUGUGCAAGGAGGAGCAGGAGGAGCACUGCCAGAGCCCUGCAAAAUGACCUCCAGCAGGCCACAAAUGUGCAUGUGUCUGCUCAAACGGUCAGAAAACAGACUCCAUGAGGGUGGUAUGAGGGCCUGACGUCCACAGGUGGGGGUUGUGCUUACAGCCCAACACCGUGCAGGACGUUUGGCAUUUGCCAGAGAACACCAAGAUUGGCAAAUUCGCCACUGGCGCCCUGUGCUCUUCACAGAUGAAAGCAGGUUCACACUGAGCACAUGUGACAGACGUGACAGAGUCUGGAGACGCCGUGGAGAACGUUCUGCGGCCUGCAACAUCCUCCAGCAUGACCGGUUUGGCAGUGGGGUCAGUCAUGGUGUGGGGUGGCAUUUCUUUGGGGGGCCGCACAGCCCUCCAUGUGCUCGCCAGAGGUAGCCUGACUGCCAUUAGGUACCGAGAUGAGAUCCUCAGACCCCUUGUGAGACCAUAUGCUGGUGCGGUUGGCCCUGGGUUCCUCCUAAUGCAAGACAAUGCUAGACCUCAUGUGGCUGAAGUGUGUCAGCAGUUCCUGCAAGAGGAAGGCAUUGAUGCUAUUUACUGUUCCGCCCGUUCCCCAGACCUGAAUCCAAUUGAGCACAUCUUGGACAUCAUGUCUCGCUCCAUCCACCAACGCCACGUUGCACCACAGACUGUCUAGGAGUUGGCGGAUGCUUUAGUCCAGGUCUGGGAGGAGAUCCCUCAGGAGACCAUCCGCCACCUCAUCAGGAGCAUGCCCAGGCGUUGUAGGGAGGUCAUACAGGCACGUGGAAGCCACACACACCACUGAGCCUCAUUUUGACUUGUUUUAAGGACAUUACAUCAAAGUUUGAUCAGCCUGUAGUGUGGUUUUCCACUUUAAUUUUGAGGGUGACUCCAAAUCCAGACCUCCAUGGGUUGAUACAUUUGAUUUCCAUUGAUAAUUUUUGUGUGAUUUUGUUGUCAGCACAUUCAACUAUGUAAAGAAAAAAGUAUUUAAUAAGAUUAUUUCAUUCAUUCAGAUCUAGGAUGUGUUAUUUUAGUGUUCCCUUUAUUUUUUUGAGCAGUGUAGUUUUGUUCAGUGGCUUGCGAAAGUAUUCACCCCCUUGGCAUUUUUCCUAUUUUGUUGCCUUACAACCUGGAAUUAAAAUUGUAUCAUUUGAUUUACACAACACACCUACCACUUUGAAGAUGCAAAAUAUUUUUUAUUGUGAAACAAACAAGAAAAAAGACACAAAAACAGAGAACUUGAGCGUGCAUAACUAUUCACCCCCCCCCCAAAGUCAAUACUUCGUAGAGCCACCUUUUGCAGCAAUUACAGCUGCAAGUCUCUUGGGGUAUGUCUCUAUAAGCUUGGCACAUCUAGCCACUGGGAUUCUUGCCCAUUCUUCAAGGCAAAACUGCUCCUUCAAGUUGGAUGGGUUCUGCUGGUGUACAGCAAUCUUUAAGUCGUACCACAUAUUCUUAAUUGGAUUGAGGUCUGGGCUUUGACUAGGCCAUUCCAAGACAUUGAAAUGUUUCCCCUUAAACCACUCGAGUGUUGCUUUAGCAGUAUGCUUAGGGUCAUUGUCCUGCUGGAAGUUGAACCGUCCCAGUCUCAAAUCUCUGGAAGACUGAAACAGGUUUCCCUCAAUAAUUUCCCUGUAUUUAGCGCAAUCCAUCAUUCCUUCAAUUCUGACCAGUUUCCCAGUCCCUACCGAUGAAAAACAUCCCCACAUUAUGAUGCUGCCACCACCAUGCUUCACUGUGGGGAUGGUGUUCUCGGGGUGAUGAGAGGUGUUGGGUUUGCGCCAGACGUAGCGUUUUCCUUGAUGGCCAAAAAGCUCAAUUUUAGUCUCAUCUGACCAGAGUACAUUCUUCCAUAUGUUUGGGGAGUCUCCCACAUGCCUUUUGGCGAACACCAAACGUGUUUGCUUAUUUAUUUCUUUAAGCAAUGGCUUUUUUUCUGGCCACUCUUCCGUAAAGCCCAGCUCUGUGGAGUGUUUGGCAGGUUUGUUGUGGUGCCAUAUUCGUUCCAUUUUUAAAUAAUGGAUUUAAUGGUGCUCCGUGGGAUGUUCAAAGUUUCAGAUAUUUUUAUUUAUAACCCAACCCUGAUCUGUACUUCUCCACAACUUUGUCCCUGACCUGUUUUGGAGUGCUCCUUGGUCUUCAUGGUGGUGCCCCUUGCUUGGUGGUGUUGCAGACUCUGGGGCCUUUCAGAACAGGUGUGUGUAUAUAUACUGAAGAUCAUGUGACACUUAGUUUGCACACAGGGGGACUUUGUUUAACUAAUUAUGUGACUUCUGAAGGUAAUUGGUUGCACAAGAUCUUAUUUAAGGGCGUCAUAGCAAAGGGGGUGAAUACAUAUGCAUGCACCACUUUUCUGUUAUUUAGUUUUUAGAAUUUUUUGAAAAAAGUUAUUUUUUUCAUUUCACUUCACCAGUUUGGACUAUUUUGUGUAUGUCCAUUACAUGAAAUCCAAAUAAAAAUCCAUUUAAAUUACAGGUUGUAAUGCAACAAAAUAGGAAAAAUGCCAAGGGGGAUGAAUACUUUUGCAAGGCACUGUAUAUUAUAACACGCUACUGAAUGGACAGCCAAGCAACUAGCACAGAUGGUACUGUAUUAUUAUAAUACACUACAUGACCAAAAGUAUGUGGACACCUGCUUAAUAUGGAGUUGGUCCCCCCCUUUGCUGCUAUAACAGCCUCCACAAUUCUGGGAAGACUUUCCACUAGAUGUUGGAACAGUGCUACGGGGACUUGCUUCAACCACAAGUGUUAGUGAGGUCGGGCACUGAUGUUGGGCGAUUAGGCCUGGCUCGCAGUCGGCGUUCCAAUUCAUCCCAAAGGUGGUUGAGGUCAGGGCUCUGCUAUGGCCAGUCAAGUUCUUCCACACCGAUCUCUACAAACCAUUUCUGUAUGGACCUCGCUUUGUGCACAGGGGCAUUGUUAUGCUGAAAACGGAAAGGGCCUUCCCCAAACUGUUGCCACAAAGUUGGAAGCACAGAAUAAUCUAGAAUGUAAUUGUAUGCUGUAGCGUUAAUAUUUCCCUUCACUGGAACUAAGGGGCCUAGCCCGAACCGUGAAAAACAGCCCCAGACCAUUAUUCCUCCUCCACCAAACUUUACUGUUGGCACUAUGCAUUGGGGCAGGUAGCGUUCACCUGGCAUCUGCCAAACCCAGAUUCGUCUGUCGGACUGCCAGAUGGUGAAGUGUGAUUCAUCACUCCAGAGAACGCAUUUCCACUGCUCCAGAGUCCAAUGACGGCGAGCUUUACACCACUCUUGCCAAUGCUUGGCAUUGCACAUGGUGGUCUUAGGCUUGUGUGCAGCUGCUCGGCCAUGGAAACCAUUUCAUGAAGCUCCCGAUGAACAGAUCUUGUGCUGACGUUGCUUCCAGAGGCAGUUUUGAACUCGAUAGUGAGUGUUGCAACUGACGACAGACGAUUUUUACGCGCUACAGCACUUGGUGGUCCCGUUCUGUGAGCUUGUGUGGCCUACCACUACGCGGCUGAGCCGUUGUUGUUCCUAGACGUUUCCACUUCACAAUAGCAGCACUUACAGUUGAGCGGGGCAGAUCAAGCAGGGCAGAAAUUUGACAAACUGACGGUGCCACGUUGAAAGUCACUGAGCUCUUCAGUACGGGCCAUUCUACUGCCAAUGUUUGUCUAUGGAGAUUGCAUGGCUGUGUGCUCAAUAUUAUACACCUGUCAGCAACGAGUGUGGCUGAAAUAGCCAAAUCCACUAAUUUUGAAGGGGUGUCCACAUACUUUUGUGUGUGUGUAUAUAUAGUGUUUAAUAUCUGGUACUGAGUACCACUGUUUUAUUACUGGAGACUGCAUUUACAUCACAUUUUACAUUUGAGCUACUUACUUAUUUCAGUUGCAUUCAUCUUGACAUAGCUAGGUGGCAACCACAUCUCCCAGUCAGUCAGUAAACAUUUCCUCACUAAAGCAGCCAUCAUCAGUAAGAAAAAGGCUAGAAAGGGUAUUACAACGGUACUUUAUAUCGAUGAUUAUAAACUGGGUGGUUGGAGCCCUGAAUGCUGAUUUGGCUGACAGCAGUGGUAUAUCAGACCGUAUACCAUGGGUAUGACAAAACAUUUCAUUUUUACUGCUCUAACUACGUUUAUAAUAGCAGUAAGGCACCUCGGGGGGUUUGUGGUAUAUGGCCAAUAUACCACGGCUAAGGGCUGUGUACAGGCACUCGGCGUUGCGUUGUGUAUAAGAACAGCCCAUAGCCGUGGUAUAUUGGCCAUAUACCACACCCUCUCAGGCCUUAUUGCUUAAAUGUACUGAUGGAUACGCUACUGGAUGGACUGUCAGGAGUACUAAAAGGUACACUGCAUUAUUGUAUAUUAUAGAAUACUGCUGUUUUUAUACAGCAGACCAUCAAACCCAUAUGUCCCAAAUGUAAUAAUAUCCCUCCCUGUCUAAUCUCUACCCCUGAUGGAUAUCUACUCUUUACCCCAGGACACUGUCUACCCCUUAAUGUGUACCAAGCUCAAACCCACAACAGCAUGUUGGUCUGAGUACCUCUAGUCUUAAUGUGUACCAAGCUAGUUGUUGGUGUGGUUAGUGGGGGGGUUGAUGGUUGGUGGGGGGGUGGUUAGUUGGGGGUGUGGUUGGUGGGGGGGGUGGUUGAUGGUUGGUGGGGGGGGUGGUUGAUGGUUGGUGGGGUGUGUGGUUGUUGGGGGGGGUGGUUAGUUGGGGGUGUGGUUGGUGGGGGGGUUGAUGGUUGGUGGGGUGUGUGGUUGGUGGGGUGUGUGGUUAGUCUCAUGUUUUUUUCCUCUUCUGUGGUCUUCUCUCUUCUUCCAUCCCUCUGUUUCUGGGUGUUGUCGUUCAGGCCGUUCAGUCCAGUGGUCCCCCAGCUAGACCCCGAGCUCCAGCCGCACAGAGACCUGCUAGCACAUACAGGACAGAGGGUAACACACACACACACACACACACACACACAUACAGGACAGAGGGUAACACACACACACACACACACACACACAUACAGGACAGAGGGUAACACACACACACACACACACACACACACACACACACACACACACACACACACACACACACACACAUACAGGACAGAGGGUAACACACACACACACACACACACAUACAGGACAGAGGGUAACACACACACACACACACACACACAUACAGGACAUAGGGUAACACACACACACACACACACAUAUACAGUGAGGUGAAAAAAGUAUUUGAUCCCCUGCUGAUUUUGUACGUUUGCCCACUGACAAAGAAAUUAUCAGUCUAUAAUUUUAAUGGUAGGUUUAUUUGAACAGUGAGAGACAGAAUAACAACAACAAAAAAUCCAUAAAAGCACAUGUCAAAAAUGUUAUAAAUUGAUUAGCAUUUUAAUGAGGGAAAUCAGUAUUUGACCCCCUCUCAAUCAAAAAGAUUUCUGGCUCCCAGGUGUCUUUUAUACAGGUAACGAGCUGAGAUUAGGAGCACACUCUUAAAGGGAGUGCUCCUAAUCUGUUUGUUACCUGUAUAAAAGACACCUGUCCACAGAAGCAAUCAAUCAAUCAGAUUCCAAACUCUCCACCAUGGCCAAGACCAAAGAGCUCUCCAAAGAUGUCAGGGACAAGAUUGUAAACCUACACAAGGCUGGAAUGGGCUACAAGACCAUCGCCAAGCAGCUUGGUGAGAAGGUGACAACAGUUGGUGCGAUUAUUCGCAAAUGGAAGAAACACAAAAGACCUGUCAAUCUCCCUCGGCCUGGGGCUCCAUGCAAGAUCUCACCUCGUGGAGUUGCAAUGAUCAUGAGAACGGUGAGGAAUCAGCCCAGAACUACACAGGAGGAUCUUGUCAAUGAUCUCAAGGCAGCUGGGACCAUAGUCACCAAGAAAACGAUUGGUAACACACUACACCGUGAAGGACUGAAAUCUUGCAGCGCCCGCAAGGUCCCCCUGCUCAAGAAAGAACAUAUACAGGCCCGUCUGAAGUUUGCCAAUGAACAUCUGAAUGAUUCGGAGAAGAACUGGGUGAAAGUGUUGUGGUCAGAUGAGACCAAAAUCGAGCUCUUUGGCAUCAACUCAACUCGCCGUGUUUGGAGGAGGAGGAAUGCUGCCUAUGACCCCAAGAACACCAUCCCCACCGUCAAACAUGGAGGUGGAAACAUGCGUUGGUGGUGAUUUUCUUCUAAGGGGACAGGACAACUUCACCACAUCAAAGGGACGAUGGACGGCGCCAUGUACCGUCAAAUCUUGGGUGAGAACCUCCUUCCCUCAGCCAGGGCAUUGAAAAUGGGUCGUGGAUGGGUAUUCCAGCAUUACAAUGACCCAAAACACACGGCCAAGGCAACAAAGGAGUGGCUCAAGAAGAAGCACAUUAAGGUCCUGGAGUGGCCUAGCCAAUCUCCAGACCUUAAUCCCAUAGAAAAUAUGUGGAGGGAGCUGAAGGUUCGAGUUGCCAAACGUCACGCUCGAAACCUUAAUGACUUGGAGAAGAUCUGCAAAAAGGAGUGGGACAAAAUCCCUCCUGAGAUGUGUGUAAACCUGGUGGCCAAUUUAAGAAACGUCUGACCUCUGUGAUUGCCAACAAGGGUUUUGCCACCAAGUACUAAGUCAUGUUUUGCAGAGGGGUCAUUAAAAUGCAAAUCAAUUUUUAACAUUUUUGAAAUGCGUUUUUCUGGAUUUUGUUGUUGUUAUUCUGUCUCUCACUGUUCAAAUAAACCUACCAUUAAAAUUAUAGACUGAUCAUGUCUUUGUCAGUGGGCAAAUGCAGGGGAUCAAAUACUUUUUUCCCUCACUGUAUGUGUGUGUGUGUGUGUGUGUGUGUGUGUGCAUAUAUGUGUGUGUAUGUAUGUAUGUAUGUAUGUAUGUAUGUAUAUAUAUAUAUAUACAGUGGGGAAAAAAAGUAUUUAGUCAGCCACCAAUUGUGCAAGUUCUCCCACUUAAAAAGAUGAGAGAGGCCUGUAAUUGUCAUCAUAGGUACACGUCAACUAUGACAGCCAAAUUUAGAAAACAAAAUCCAGAAAAUCACAUUGUAGGAUUUUUUAUGAAUUUAUUUGCAAAUUAUGGUGGAAAAUAAGUAUUUGGUCACCUACAAACAAGCAAGAUUUCUGGCUCUCACAGACCUGUAACUUCUUCUUUAAGAGGCUCCUCUGUCCUCCACUCGUUACCUGUUUUAAUGGCACCUGUUUGAACUUGUUAUCAGUAUAAAAGACACCUGUCCACAACCUCAAACAGUCACACUCCAAACUCCACUAUGGCCAAGACCAAAGAGCUGUCAAAGGACACCAGAAACAAAAUUGUAGACCUGCAACAGGCUGGGAAGACUGAAUCUGCAAUAGGUAAGCAGCUUGGUUUGAAGAAAUCAACUGUGGGAGCAAUUAUUAGGAAAUGGAAGACAUACAAGACCACUGAUAAUCUCCCUCGAUCUGAGGCUCCACGCAAGAUCUCACCCUGUGGGGUCAAAAUGAUCACAAGAACGGUGAGCAAAAAUCCCAGAACCACACGGGGGGACCUAGAGAAUGACCUGCAGAGAGCUGGGACCAAAGUAACAAAGCCUACCAUCAGUAACACACUACGCCGCCAGGGACUCAAAUCCUGCUGCGCCAGACGUGUCCCCCUGCUUAAGCCAGUACAUGUCCAGGCCUGUCUGAAGUGUGCUAGAGUGCAUUUGGAUGAUCCAGAAGAGGAUUGGGAGAAUGUCAUAUGGUCAGAUGAAACCAAAAUAUAACUUUUUGGUAAAAACUCAACUCGUCGUGUUUGGAGGACAAAGAAUGCUGAGUUGCAUCCAAAGAACACCAUACUUACUGUGAAGCAUGGGGGUGGAAACAUCAUGCUUUGGGGCUGUUUUUCUGCAAAGGGACCAGGACGACUGAUCCAUGUAAAGGAAAGAAUGAAUGGGGCCAUGUAUCGUGAAUUUUUAAGUGAAAACCUCCUUCCAUCAGCAAGGGCAUUGAAGAUGAAACGUGGCUGGGUCUUUCAGCAUGACAAACACACCGCCCGGGCAACGAAGGAGUGGCUUCGUAAGAAGCAUUUCAAGGUCCUGGAGUGGCCUAGCCAGUCUCCAGAUCUCAACCCCAUAGAAAAUCUUUGGAGGGAGUUGAAAGUCCGUGUUGCCCAGCGACAGCCCCAAAACAUCACUGCUCUAGAGGAGAUCUGCAUGGAGGAAUGGGCCAAAAUUGGGCCAGCAACAGUGUGUGAAAACCUUGUGAAGACUUACAGAAAACGUUUGACCUGUGUCAUUGCCAACAAAGGGUAUAUAACAAAGUAUUGAGAAACUUUUGUUAUUGACCAAAUACUUAUUUUCCACCAUAAUUUGCAAAUAAAUUCAUAAAAAAUCCUACAAUGUGAUUUUCUGGAAUUUUUUUUCUCAUUUUGUCUGUCAUAGUUGACGUGUACCUAUGAUGAAAAUUACAGGCCUCUCUCAUCUUUUUAAGUGGGAGAACUUGCACAAUUGGUGGCUGACUAAAUACUUUUUUCCCCCACUGUAUAUAUACACACACACACACACACACAGUGGGGAGAACAAGUAUUUGAUACACUGCUGAUUUUGCAGGUUUUCCUACUUACAAAGCAUGUAGAGGUCUGUAAUUUUUAUCAUAGGUACACUUCAACUGUGAGAGACGGAAUCUAAAACAAAAAUCCAGAAAAUCACAUUGUAUGAUUUUUAAGGAAAUAAUUUGCAUUUUAUUGCAUGACAUAAGUAUUUGAUCACCUACCAACCAGUAAGAAUUCCGUCUCUCACAGACCUGUUAGUUUUUCUUUAAGAAGCCCUCCUGUUCUCCACUCAUUACCUGUAUUAACUGCACCUGUUUGAACUCGAUACCUGUCCACACACUCAAUCAAACAGACUCCAACCUCUCCACAAUGGCCAAGAGAGAGCUGUGUAAUGACAUCAGGGAUAAAAUUGUAGACCUGCACAAGGCUGGGAUGGGCUACUGGACAAUAGGCAAGCAGCUUGGUGAGAAGGCAACAACUGUUGGCGCAAUUAUUAGAAAAUGGAAGAAGUUCAAGAUGAUGGUCAAUCACCCUCGGUCUGGGGCUCCAUGCAAGAUCUCACCUCGUGGGGCAUCAAUAAUCAUGACGAAGGUGAGGGAUCAGCCCAGAACUACACGGCAGGACCUGGUCAAUGACCUGAAGAGAGCUGGGACCACAGUCUCAAAGAAAACCAUUAGUAACACAAUACGCCGUCAUGGAUUAAAAUCCUGCAGCGCACGCAAGGUCCCCCUGCUCAAGCCAGCGCAUGUCCAGGCCCGUCUGAAGUUUGCUAAUGACCAUCUGGAUGAUCCAGAGGAGGAAUGGGAGAAGGUCAUGUGGUCUGAUGAGACAAAAAUAUAGCUUUUUGGUCUAAACUCCACUCGCCGUGUUUGGAGGAAGAAGAAGGAUGAGUACAACCCCAAGAACACCAUCCCAACCGUGAAGCAUGGUGGUGGAAACAUCAUUCUUUGGGGAUGCUUUUCUGCAAAGGGGACAGGACGACUGCACCGUAUUGAGGGGAGGAUGGAUGGGGCCAUGUAUCGCGAGAUCUUGGCCAACAACCUCCUUCCCUCAGUAAGAGCAUUGAAGAUGGGUCGUGGCUGGGUCUUCCAGCAAGACAACGACCCGAAAUACACAGCCAGGGCAACUAAGGAGUGGCUCCGUAAGAAGCAUCUCAAGGUCCUGGAGUGGUCUAGCCAGUCUCCAGACCUGAACCCAAUAGAAAAUCUUUGGAGGGAGCUGAAAGUCUGUAUUGCCCAGCGAUAGCUCCGAAACCUGAAAGAUCUGGAGAAGGUCUGUAUGGAGGAGUGGGCCAAAAUCCCUGCUGCAGUGUGUGCAAACCUGGUUAAGACCUACAGGAAACGUAUGAUCUCUGUAAUUGCAAACAAAGGUUUCUGUACCAAAUAUUAAGUUCUGCUUUUCUGAUGUAUCAAAUACUUAUGUCAUGCAAUAAAAUGCAAAUUAAUUACUUAAAAAUCAUACAAUGUGAUUUUCUGGAUUUUUGUUUUAGAUUCUGUCUCUCACAGUUGAAGUGUACCUAUGAUACCAAUUAUAGACCUCUACAUGCUUUGUAAGUAGGAAAACCAGCAAAAUCGGCAGUGUAUCAAAUACUUGUUCUCCCCACUGUAUAUAUCACACAAACAGUAGUUGUGCUGUUUUCUACCAGUAACAUGCGUGCUGUGUAGCUAGUGUUUGUGUGGGUUGGCUACAAUACUUUAUUGUUCAGAAGGAAAUUCCUCUGUCUUUGACUGAUGUCUCUGUGUGUGUUUUUAGCAGUGAAGCCCUCCCUUUAUCCAAGCAUCUCUGCCUUCAAAUCUGACAGCACAGGUGAGUGACCCCUUCCCCAAACCCUUCAUCACCAACUUCACCACCCUCUGUCUAUUGGAACACAAGUCAGUGCUCCUCUUCUCUUCUUACUUGCUGAAAUCAGGGUUAAACCAGGACUCUCCAAACCUGUUCCUGGAGAGCUAUUUACCGUCCUGUAGGUUUUCACUCCAACCCUGUUCCUGGAGAGCUAUUUACCGUCCUGUAGGUAUUCACACCAACCCUGUUCCUGGAGAGCUAUUUACCGUCCUGUAGGUAUUCACUCCAACCCUGUUCCUGGAGAGCUAUUUACCGUCCUGUAGGUUUUCACUCCAACCCUGAUCUAGCGCAAAAACAAAUCCACCAUGCGAAUGUAAGACUAACGUGGUUCUGUGCAGAUUGAAUCAGGUUACUUAGGAUGGAGAAAUCUGUGGUUGUAGUGGUGUACAGUUGAAGUUGGAAGUUUACAUACACCUUAGCCAAAUACAUUUAAACUCAGUUUUUCACAAUUCCUGUCAUUUAAUCCUAGUAAAAAUUCCAUGUCUUAGGUCAGUUAGGAUCACCACUUUAUUUUAAGAAUGUGAAAUGUCAGAAUAACAGUAGAGAGAAUGAUUUAUUUCAGCUUUUAUUUCUUUCAUCACAUUCCCAGUGGGUCAGAAGUUUACAAACACUCAAUUAGUAUUUGGUAGCAUUGCCUUUACAUUGUUUAACUUGGGUCAAACGUUUCAGGUAGCCUUCCACAAGCUUCCCACAAUAAAUUGGGUGAAUUUUGGCCUAUUCCUCCUGACAGAGCUUGUGUAACUGAGUCAGGUUUGUAGGCCUCCUUGCUCGCACACCCUUUUUCAGUUCUGCCCACACAUUUUCUAUAGGAUUGAGGUCAGGGCUUUGUGAUGGCCAUUCCAAUACCUUGACUUUGUUGUCCUUAAGCCAUUUUGCCACAACUUUGGAAGUAUGCUUUGGGUCAUUGUCCAUUUGGAAGACCCAUUUGCGACCAAGCUUUAACAUCCUGACUGAGGUCUUGAGAUGUUGCUUCAAUAUAUCCACAUUAUUUUCCUUCCUCACGAUGCCAUCUAUUUUGUACACCAGUCCCUCCUGCAGCAAAGCACCCCCACAGCAUGAUGCUGCCACCCCCGUGCUUCACGGUUGGGAUGGUGUUCUUCAGCUUGCAAGUUCCCCCUUUUUUCCUCCAAACAUAACGAUGGUCAUUAUGGCCAAACAGUUCUGCUUUUGUUUCAUCAGACCAGAUGACAUUUCUCCAAAAAGUACGAUCUUUGUCCCCAUGUGCAGUUACAAACCGUAGUCUGGCUUUUUUAUGGCGGUUUUGGAGCAGUGGCUUCUUCCUUGCUGAGCGGCCUUUCAGGUUAUGUCGAUAUAGGACUCGUUUUACUGUGGAUAUAGGUACUUUUGUACCUGUUUCCUCCAGCAUCUUCACAAGGUCCUUUGCUGUUGUUCUGGGAUUGAUUUGCACUUUUCGCACCAAAGUACGUUCAUCUCUAAAAGACAGAACGCGUCUCCUUCCUGAGCGGUAUUACGGCUGUGUGGUCCCAUGGUGUUUAUACUUGCGUACUAUUGUUUGUACAGAUGAACGUGGUACCUUCAGGCAUUUGGAAAUUUCUCCCAAGGAUGAACCAGACUUUUGGAGGUCUACAAUUGUUUUUCUGAGGUCUUGGCUGAUUUCUUUUGAUUUUCUCAUGAUGUCAAGCAAAGAGGCACUGAGUUUGUAGGUAGGCUUUAAAAUACAUCCACAGGUACACCUCCAAUUGACUCAAAUGAUGUCAAUUAGCCUAUCAGAAGCUUCUAAAGCCAUGACAUCAUCAUCUAGAAUUUCCCAAGCUGUUUAAAGGCACAGUCAACUUAGUGUAUGUAAACUUCUGACCCACUGGAAUUGUGAUACAGUGAAUUAUAAGUGAAAUAAUCUGUCUGUAAACAAUUGUUGGAGAAAUUACGUGUCAUGCACAAAGUAGAUGUCCUAACCGAAUUGCCAAAACUAUAGUUUUUUUAACAAGAAAUGUGUGGAGUGGUUGAAAAACAACUUUUAAUGACUUCAACCUAAGUGUAUGUAAACUUCCGACUUCAACUGUAUGUAUAUGUAUGUAAUAUAUGGGGGAUUGGAAAUGAUGCAGACAAUUACAUUGAUAUAUAUAAAUUACAAUACAAUACUUUUCUUAUACGGUUUUCAAAACAUCAUGCCAGGGUAAGCCUGUGAAAAAAAGUAUUUAGUCAGCAACCAAUUGUGCAAGUUCUCCCACUUAAAAAGAUGAGAGAGGCCUGUAAUGUUCAUCAUAGGUACACGUCAACUAUGACAGACAAAUUGAGAAAAGAAAAUCCAGAAAAUCACAUUGUAGGAUCUUUUAUGAAUUUAUUUGCAAAUUAUGGUGUGGAAAAUAAGUAUUUGGUCACCUACAAACAAGCAAGAUUUCUGGCUCUCACAGACCUGUAACUUCUUCUUUAAGAGGCUCCUCUGUCCUCCACUCGUUACCUGUAUUAAUGGCACCUGUUUGAACUUGUUAUCAGUAUAAAAGACACCUGUCCACAACCUCAAACAGUCACACUCCAAACUCCACUAUGGCCAAGACCAAACAGCUGUCAAAGGACACCAGAAACAAAAUUGUAGACCUGCACCAGGCUGGGAAGACUGAAUCUGCAAUAGGUAAGCAACUUGGUUUGAAGAAAUCAACUGUGGGAGCAAUUAUUAGGAAAUGGAAGACAUACAAGACCACUGAUAAUCUCCCUCGAUCUGGGGCUCCACGCAAGAUCUCACCCUGUGGGGUCAAAAUGAUCACAAGAACGGUGAGCAAAAAUCCCAGAACCACACGGGGGGACCUAGUGAAUGACCUGCAGAGAGCUGGGUCCAAAGUAACAAAGCCUACCAUCAGUAACACACUACGCCGCCAGGGACUCAAAUCCUGCAGUGCCAGACGUGUCCCCCUGCUUAAGCCAGUACAUGUCCAGGCCCGUCUGAAGUUUGCUAGAGUGCAUUUGGAUGAUCCAGAAGAGGAUUGGGAGAAUGUCAUAUGGUCAGAUGAAACCAAAAUAGAACCUUUUGGUAAAAACUCAACUCGUCGUGUUUGGAGGACAAAGAAUGCUGAGUUGCAUCCGAAGAACACCAUACCUACUGUGAAGCAUGGGGGUGGAAACAUCAUGCUUUGGGGCUGUUUUUCUGCAAAGGGACCAGGACGACUGAUCCGUGUAAAGGAAAGAAUGAAUGGGGCCAUGUAUCGUGAGAUUUUGAGUGAAAACCUCCUUCCAUCAGCAAGGGCAUUGAAGAUGAAACGUGACAAUGAUCCCAAACACACCGCCCGGGCAACGAAGGAGUGGCUUCGUAAGAAGCAUUUCAAGGUCCUGGAGUGGCCUAGCCAGUCUCCAGAUCUCAACCCCAUAGAAAAUCUUUGGAGGGAGUUGAAAGUCUGUGUUGCCCAGCGACAGCCCCAAAACAUCACUGCUCUAGAGGAGAUCUGCAUGGAGCAAUGGGCCAAAAUACCAGCAACAGUGUGUGAAAACCUUGUGAAGACUUACAGAAAACGUUUGACCUGUGUCAUUGCCAACAAAGGGUAUAUAACAAAGUAUUGAGAAACUUUUGUUAUUGACCAAAUACUUAUUUUCCACCAUAAUUUGCAAAUAAAUUCAUUAAAAAUCCUACAAUGUGAUUUUCUGGAAAAAAAAUGCUCAUUUUGUCUGUCAUAGUUGACGUGUACCUAUGAUGAAAAUUACAGGCCUCUCUCAUCUUUUUAAGUUGGAGAACUUGCACAAUUGGUGGCUGACUAAAUACUUUUUUCCCCCACUGUAUGUGUGUGUGGGGGGGGGGUAAUUUUCUCUCUUUCUCUCUCACACAGUCACUCCUACCUCUUUAUCUCUCCUCGCUCGCUCGCUCUCUCCUGUCUCUCUCCUGUCUCUCGCUCUCUCUCUCCUCUCUGUGUCUCUCUGUCUCUCUGUCUCUGUGUCUCUGUCUCUCUCUCUCUCCUGUUUCUGUGUCCCUGUCUCUCUCCUGUUUCUGUGUCCCUGUCUCUCUCCUGUUCUGGUUCUCUCUCUUUGUAUCUCUCUUCCUGUCUCUCUCUCUUCCUCUCUUCUCUGUGUCUGUUCUCUCUCUCUCUCUUUUCUCUCAUUUUUCUAUAUCUAUGUCUCUGUGUCUCUCUAUCUCUGUUCUUCUGUCAUCUCUUCUUCUCUCUUCUGUUUCUAUGAUAUCUCUCUCUGUCUGUCUCUCUCUCUCCUGUCUCUCUCUGUCUCUCUCUCCUGUUUCUGUCUCCUGUCUCUGUGUCCCUGUCUCUCUCUCUCUCUCUUCUUCUGUCUCUCUCUCUCUACUGUCUCUCGUCUCUCUCUCUUUGUCUCUCUCUUCUCCUGUCUUGUCUCUCUCUCUCGUUUCCUUCUCUCCUCUCUCUCUCAUCUCUCUCUAUCUCUUCUCUCUCUCUCUCUCUCUCUCUCUCUCAUCUCUCUCUCUCUCUCUCUCUCUCUCUCUCAAAUUCAAGCUGCUUUAUUGCAUAAAAAAACAUUGCGUCAAUAUUGCCAAAGCAACAAUGUAGACAAUAUACAUUGUAAUAAAAUAAUAAGGAAUAACAAAUAAUAAAAUACAUUUAAAAUGGUAGUUAAUAAUAAAAUAACAACAAUAAAAUGGUAACAGUCAAUAGUAGAAAUAUAAUAAAUAGAAAAGGCUAAACAUGGGAAAUGAAAUUUUAACUGUCAUCCUCACCAUCAAAUCAGUACUACAACUAUCAUCAUCAUUACCACUACCACCAACAUCAUCAUUAAACUGCUAUCAUUACCAUCACGCCUACUACCCGUACCACUAACAUUUAGAAUAAUAAUCGCAACAAUAGUAAUAACAAUAAGUAAAUUACUGCUUACUAUGCAGAUGUUAUUAUUCAGUGUCCCUCGGGCUAUGGUAGGCAAAUACAUAUUUGGCUGCAAGAUGAGCCGUUGCUCCUUCGUCCAUGACUAUUUUUUGUUUUUCCUCUGGGUUUAAUAAGUUAAAAUGUGGAAUAAAUGUAGUAAUUUCUGUGAAUAAUGAAUUUCUUGGUGAGGAAUAUUUAUGACAGUAAAGGACAAAGAGCAUCUCUGUUUCUACCUCCCCUGUCGUGCAGUGACCACAUACACGCUCCUCUUUGGGUAGCCGUAGUGUAUCUCUGUUUCUACCUCCCCUGUCGUGCAGUGACCACAUACACGCUCCUCUUUGGGUAGCCAUGUUUAUUUUAUGUCUGCCGGUUUCCAUAGCCAAUUGGUGGUCACUCAGCCUGUACUUGGUAAGGAUCUGUCUCUGCUUCGUAUCUCUGACAGAGUAGAGAUAAUCAUCCUAUUCAUAUUCUCUGUUCAGAGCCAGAUAGCAAUUUAGUCGGCUUUGGGGUUUUUGUUUCAUUUUUCCAAUGUUGGAAUUAUGAGUCCUUUUGAUUGGUUCAUGAUUUUGUUUAUUUGAAUUGUUUCUUUUGAAGCAGUGCUGGUGUCAGCUUGGUUGGUUAGGUCCAACACCAGCUGACUGAGAGGGCUCGUUUCUGGGCUCAGCUCUUGGGUUUGAAGUGCUUUAAAUUGGAGACUUGAAUUUGGACUUGAAUUUAGGUGUAGCCAAAAUUUUAAUGAUAUUUUUUGUGCUUUCAUUACCACUGGAAAGCGGCCCAAUUCUGCCCUACAUGCAUUAGUUGGUGUAUUUCUUUGGACUUGUAGAAUUUUCAGACAGAAUGUAUGUCUCUGUCUCUCUCUGUGUGUGUCUGUCUCUCUGUCUCUCUCUGUGUGUGUCUGUCUGUCUCUGUCUGUGUGUGUCUGUCUGUCUGUCUCUCUGUCUCUGUGUCUGUCUCUGUCUGUCUCUGUCUGUCUCUGUGUCUGUCUCUGUCUCUCUCUCUCUGUCUGUCUCUCUCUCUCUCUCUCUCUCUCUCUCUCUCUCUCUCUCUCUGUCUCUGUCUCUCUCUCUCUGUCUGUCUCUGUCUGUCUCUCUCUCUCUCUCUGUCUCUCUCUCUCUCUCUCUCUCUCUGUGUUUCUCUCUCUCUCUCUCUCUCUGUGUUUCUCUCGUCUCUGUCUCUCUCUGCCAGGGCUCCAUUACUCCUUCUAAUGUGUGUGGUAGUCUUGGGCUGUGCCCCAUUUACUGUAUGGCUCUCUGUCUCUGUCUCUCUCUCUCUCUCUCUCUGUGUUUCUCUCGUCUCUGUCUCUGGUGUGAUUAACACACACACCUAGGUGUUUGAUCAGCCUUCAGUGGUUCAGUGACAAGGGGAAUGCUUUCAUUUACACAGUGGCCGACCACCAUGCCAAAACACACACCACUGUCGACACCGCACGAGAUAAAAGUGUGUGUGUGUGUGUGUUCUCGCUGCAGGUGAAGUAUGACGUGAUGGUAGAGAUUGUGUGUGUGUCUAGGUGAUGUAUUAAACUGUGACCUCAAGUCCAGCCAAAAUAAACAUACUGGCUUCUCAAUGCACCUUGGGUAAUAAGACCAGCUAGCUGUGUGUGUGCAGAGCAGUCACACAACCUCCCAAGUAGCAUUCUCUCUCUCUUUAUCUCUCUCUAUCGCUCUCUUUCUCUCUUCCUCUCUGUUUCUUCCUCGCUCUUCCUCUCUCUUCCUCUCUCUUGUGAAAUAAACAAACAAAAGUGAGAAGACAAAAAUCAACAAAAAACUACAGUAUUAUAAUUUAACAGUUGAUAGAGACAUUUCAAGUGUUAUAUUAUCAGCUAUGUACAGUGUUUUAGCAAUGUGCAAAUAGUUGUAAUAUGAAUAGUAGGGGAAGAUAAAUAAACAGAUAAAUAUUGGUGGUAUUUACAAUGUUUGUGCUCCACUGUUUGCCCUUUUCUCAUGGCAACGGGCCACAAAUCUUGCUGCUGUGAUGGCAGACUGCAGUAUUUCGCCUAACAGAUAUGGGAGUUUAUCAAUGUUGGAUUUGUUUUCAAAUUCUUUGUGGGUCUGUGUGAUCUGUGGGUAAAUGUGUCUCUCUAAUGUGGUCAUACAUUUGGCAGGAGGUUAGGAAGUGCAGCUCAGUUUCCACCUCAUUUUGUGGGCAGUGUGCACAUAGCCUGUCUUCUCUUGAGAGCCAGGUCUGCCUACGGCGGCCUCUCUCAAUAGCAAGGCUAUGAUCACUGAGUCUGUACAUAGUCAAAGCUUUCCUUAAGUUUGGGUCAGUCACAGUGGUCAGGUAUUCUGCCACUGUGUACUCUCUGUUUUAGGGCCAAAUAGCAUUCCAGUUUGCUCUGUUUUUUGGUUGAUUCUUUCCAGUGUGUCAAAUAGUUAUCUUUUUGCUUUUUCAUGAUUUGGUUGGGUCUAAUUGUGUUGCUGUCCUGGGGCUCUGUGGGGUCUGUUUGUGUUUGUGAACAGAGCCCCAGAACCAGCUGGCUGAGGGGACUCUUCUCUAGGUUAAUCUCUCUAUGGGUGAGGGCUUUGUGGGGGAAUAUGUGGGCAUCACUUCCUUUUAGGUGGUUGUAGAAUUUAACAGCUGUUUUCUGGAUUUUGAUAACUAGUGGGUAUAGUCCUAAUUCUGCUCUGCAUACAUUGUUUGGGGUUUUGUGUUGUACACAAAGUAUAUUUUUCUGAAUUCUACAUGCAGAUUCUUAAUUGGGUGUUUGUCCAAUUUGGUGAAUUAUUGGUUGGUGAGUGGACCCCAGACCUCACAACCAUAGAGGGCAAUGUGUCCUAUAACUGAUUUGAAGUAUCUUUCUGUCUGUCUCUCUCGGUCUCUCUCUGUCUCUCUCUCUGUCUCUCUCUGUCUCUCUCUGUCUCUGAGCUGGUAUUGCCCUCUGGUGGUGAGACACUCACUGUUACUGACAGACAGUGAUUGUCUGUUGUAUUUCUGUUUCAGGAUCCUAUAGGAGAAGUCCAAGUAGCACAAGGACAGUCCAGAACGAUUACGGUAUUUAUUAUUAUUAUUAUUAUUAUUAGGAUCCCUGUGGUCCGACACAACGAAAAAGACAUUACAGACAAAAAUGCUUUACAAUUUACAUGUAAAGACAAUUUACAAGUAGACAUUAGACAGUUAAAAUACCUGAAAGGUAACGUUUAAUGUAUGUGGCUGAAACCGUUCAAUCGUAUCCGUUACAUGCUCACAAGUCUGCCUCAUUGUAUCUGCAACAUUCACUCAAUACAGGUUGAUUGAGAACGUUGCAUGUAAUGACUUGAUGUGCAUUCAUCAAGGCCUACUGUUCACCUACAUUAUUCAACAAGGCCUACUGUUCACCUACAUUAUUCAACAAGGCCUACUGUUCACCUACAUUAUUCAACAAGGCCUACUGUUCACCUACAUUAUUCAACAAGGCCUACUGUUCACCUACAUUAUUCAACAAGGCAUGUUGUUCACCUACAUUAUUCAACAAGGCAUGUUGUUCACCUACAUUAUUCAACAAGGCCUGUUUUUCACCUACAUUAUUCAUCUAGGCCUACUGUUCACCUACAUUAUUCAACAAGGCAUGUUGUUCACCUACAUUAUUCAACAAGGCAUGUUGUUCACCUACAUUAUUCAACAAGGCAUGUUGUUCACCUACAUUAUUCAACAAGGCCUGUUGUUCACCUACAUUAUUCAUCAAGGCCUGUUGUUCACCUACAUUAUUCAUCAAGGCCUGUUGUUCACCUACAUUAUUCAUCAAGGCCUGUUGUUCACCUACAUUAUUCAACAAGGCCUGUUGUUCACCAACAUUAUUCAUCUAGGCCUGUUAUUCACCAAAUUUAUUAAUCAAGGCCUGUUGUUCACCUAGAUUGUUCACUGAAUACACCUGUGAUCAUGUGACUGUUCCUAGGUGGGGUGGGGCCGUGGGACGCAGGGCCUGAAGUCGUCACGGCGAUACACCCGUUCACAGGGCAACAGCCUGGCGACCUGAGCUUCAACCCUGGCGACCGCAUCACAGUGGUUACCAAGACAGAGUCACAGUAUGACUGGUGGGAGGGAACGCUAAACGGACGGACCGGAAUCUUCCCCGCUAACUUCGUCUCCUGCCCCUGA